UGAAAGUACAUGCGGGGGUGUGGGGAGAGCUCCUCUCGGCUCGGCUCCGGGGCGGGGCAUUAUGGGUAAGAGGAAGAGCUGGGGGAGGACCAAACUCCCCCCACGUGUCUGCUGGAGUUUUACCAGCAACAUGGCUGCUGCCUGAGAGAACCGUGCCCGCCGCCGCUGCCACCGCCGCCGCCGCCGCCGCCGCCCCUGCUGCCUUCGUCGCCUCUAGGAGUCAGCGAGGAUCGCUGCCGAUUCCUCCUCUUCCUGCUGCUGCUGCUACUACUCUUCCUCCUCCUCUUCUGCAAGCGCCCCCCUCUUAGCUCUCCUACCGGAGCCGCCCCCUCCCCGGCGUCCUCGGGCCAGUUUGUGCCCCCAGAAGGACUGACUUUUGUUUGUCCAUCCUAGUAUGGCCAAUGAAGAAAAUGAUCCAGUCGUACAGGAGAUUGAUGUAUACCUGGCCAAAAGCCUUGCAGAGAAGCUCUACCUAUUUCAGUACCCUGUCCGCCCAGCCUCGAUGACUUAUGAUGACAUCCCUCAUCUGUCAGCCAAGAUCAAACCAAAGCAACAAAAAGUGGAACUGGAAAUGGCUAUUGACACCAUGAAUCCCAACUAUUGCCGAAGCAAAGGGGAGCAGAUAGCACUCAAUGUGGAUGGCACCUGCACAGAUGAGACAAGCACCUAUUCCACGAAGCUGAUGGACAAACAGACGUUCUGUUCUUCACAGACCACAAGCAACACCUCCCGAUAUGCUGCCGCUCUCUACAGAAAAGGCGAACUUCACUUGACCCCUCUGCACGGCAUCCUGCAGCUGCGGCCCAGCUUCUCCUACCUGGAUAAAGCCGAUGCCAAGCACCGAGAGAGGGAGGCUGCUAAUGAAGCUGGGGACUCUUCUCAGGAUGAAGCUGAAGAAGACAUCAAACAAAUCACGGUGCGUUUCUCUCGACCAGAGUCAGAGCAGGCUCGCCAAAGGCGGGUUCAGUCUUAUGAAUUUCUCCAGAAGAAGCAUGCGGAAGAGCCAUGGGUGCAUCUACACUACCAUAGCUUGCGGGACAGCCGAUCUGAACAUGAACGCCAGUAUCUUUUGUGCCAAGGUCCUGGGAUCUCGGAGAACACAGAGCUCAUUAAAUCACCAAGUGAGUACUUAAUGAUGUUAAUGCCUCCGAACGUUGAGGAAGAGAAAGAAAAACCUGUGGCCCCAAGCAAUGUCCUGUCCAUGGCCCAGCUUCGGACUCUGCCCUUGGCAGAUCAGAUUAAGAUCCUGAUGAAGAAUGUGAAGGUCAUGCCUUUUGCCAACCUGAUGAGCCUGCUGGGCUUAGGGACCGACUCAACUUCUGUUCUGCGCUGCAUCCAGCAGGUGGCGAUGCUUGUGCAGGGAAACUGGGUUGUGAAGAGUGACAUCCUGUAUCCAAAGGACAGCUCCAGCCCUCACAGUGGAGUGCCUGCAGAGGUGCUCUGCAGGGGUCGAGACUUUGUUAUGUGGAAGUUCACGCAGAGCCGUUGGGUAGUGAGGAAGGAGGUAGCAACAGUUACAAAACUCUGUGCAGAGGAUGUAAAGGACUUUCUGGAGCACAUGGCUGUGGUGAGAAUCAACAAAGGCUGGGAAUUCCUGCUCCCUUACGAUGAGGACUUCAUCAAAAAACAUCCAGACGUCGUCCAGCGGCAGCACAUGCUGUGGAUGGGCAUCCAGGCUAAAUUAGAAAAAGUCUAUAGUCUUCCAAAAGAGACAGUGCCAAAGACUGCAGAAGGACAAUCAGUGCCUGUUAUGCUGGUUUCUGGGGAUCAGCGGGUCCAAGCAGCCAAGACCAAGGCCCAACAGAAUCACCUGUUGCUAGAACGAGAAUUACAGUGGAAGAAGGAGCAACUGCAGGCAAUGCAGGCCUCAUCCAGUGUUCGGAUCAAGGAGGAGCCAGUGAGUGAAGAGGAAGAGGAGGAUGAGCAAGGUGACAAGGAGGAGGAACCUAUGGACACUUCGACCUGUGGCAGCCUCAGAAACCGGCUGGCCAAUGGGCUUCCUGCUGGACGAGCCGCAGGUGGUGACACCCUCAACGGGCACCCCCCAGUGGGCUGUGGAGAAGCACCCAUGGCUCGGGAACUGAGGGCCUUUGUUGAGGCCACUUUUCAGAGGCAAUUUGUGCUCACCCUGAGCGAACUGAAGCGCCUCUUUAACAUGCACUUGGCCAGCCUUCCCCCCGGGCACACACUGUUCAGUGGCAUUUCAGACAGGAUGCUGCAAGACACGGUGCUGGCUGCUGGCUGCAAACAGAUAUUGGUGCCUUUUCCCCCACAGACUGCUGCUUCUCCUGAUGAACAGAAGGUGUUUGCGCUCUGGGAGUCUGGAGACAUGAGUGAUCAGCAUCGACAGGUUUUACUUGAAAUAUUUUCCAAAAAUUACCGGGUGCGUCGGAAUCUGAUCCAGACUCGACUAAAUCAAGAAUGUGGAGAGGACCUCAGCAAACAGGAAGUGGAUAAAGUGUUAAAGGACUGCUGUGUAAGCUAUGGAGGCAUGUGGUACCUUAAGGGAACAGUGCAGUCCUGACAGUCAUAGUGAACUGCUUAACCCCACAAAUGUAGGCCAGAGGAUGGAUACCACAGUGAGCAGAGAUGGAAGUAACACCGGGACUGGCUUCAGGGAACACGGGGCAGGAUCUGAUCUUCACGUGGCCGAGGGGCACUGCACAAGCCAGUUACAGAGGUCGUCACAUUGAGUUUGCAUGGCCAGCUGGAGGCAGGAGUGCUCUGAGGAGAGAUCAGCCAGGAUUCUCUUCCAGUAUCAUUUGGAAUUCCUAAUGUAUUUUGCUUCUCAUUUGGUUCCAUUCUAAUAAUAAAGAGAGUAUAUACUGAUACAGGCAAGAUGGAAAAAAAAUCAUGGUUUAAUAUCUUAUUUUGUAAUUCAAUGCCAACCAAGUUAAAAGUUCUGUUUACAGGAUGAGGAAAGCUUGAGAUUUUUAAUACUUAAAAUGCCUAGAAGCUGAUGCUCAGUCUUAGAUUUUAUGUCUAUAAAAGCAUCUGCCAGUUCCAUUAAACAAGCCAAAUUGCAGUAUAAUACUGUUGGGUUUUUAUAGCCAUUUAAAAAUUUUAAAUGUUACUACCUUAUGUAGCAACUCUCUCUUAAUUGUUUACAUGAAACAGCACAUAGAACAGACAUAUGGUUCAAAUUAUAUAUUCUUUUGACCUGUUUGCAUAGCUAUGCAAGUAAAGGUAAGUCCUGGACAACAUGUAAGUGUAGUUAUCACAGUUUGUGAUGUACAGAUCUCUAUUUUGUGUACUUUUAAAAUAAAUGCUAACACCAAUUCUUGGCAUCAUUUGGGUGCCCAUCUUUUUAUGACAAAAGAAAUGUAAACAGCUUUUACAGCAGUUGCACAAAAUGUGGAGGAUUUCUAAAUAGAAAGGAAAAUGAGAUUUUCAUCGUAAUGUGAAAACUAGAGGUGUCCGAAGCUCUGAUGAAUGGCUUCUUUGCAAGGGCAUUUCUGGUUCAUCAUAGCCAAGUUAGACUGUGAGAUGCUCGGAAAUUGACCUUUUUACCUGCAUACAGGCAGGUAUUUGAUUGCCAAAUCUGCCCUGUGUGAAAUCUGAGGGCAUCCCUUUAUUUACCCUUUUGAUCAGAAAGCUUUGGGAACUAUGUAAAAAUUCAUGAGUUUUUCAUUAAAGGAUCACAUCUCCCUUUCCAUGGGUGGCCAUCUCACUUCCUAUUCAGAAUCACCAAAUCUCAGUCUCAGACUUGGGUAUGGACUUGAGAUCAUCUUAGUAAACCUGUAUCUGAAAAAGUAUUCCUUUUCAGAGCAUCUGCUUAAAGACUUCCAGUGAUGGGAACCUGUUGCUUCCCCAGCUUCCCUUAACCCUUUUGGCCAGUUCUCAUUCUAGAUUUUUUUUUAGGUUAUAAAAAUACAGGUAAUUGUGUUUUGCUAAUAAAAUCAAAAGUCCAGGAUGAGAGAUGGAGACUAUUAAAAACAGUAAUUUAAACUACGGUUUAAACUACAACUAAUAAGAGAAUCCUUUAAGGACAGCCUCAGAAAAUAAUAUCCUGAUGUGAUACUGUGAAGAAACUUCCUACUAGGUGAAAAACUUAAGCCAUCAUUGAAUGUAAGUGUUCGGCUGGAUUUAAAUAUGAGAAAACUGCACAUUCAAAUGCAAUGAAUGGUAGUAUGACUUGGGAAGAUGGAGAAGAGAAUGAUAGUGACAGAAAAGCCAGUGAUAAAUAAAACAUUUGAAUUGAAAGAAAUACAAGUCUUAAAAAUAUCUUAUUUAAAUUUUUCACUGUAUAUCCUGUUAAAGCGAUCGCAUUUUAGGUGGGUAAUCUUUAUUUGGGCAAAUACACAAAAGUUACGUAGCAUUUAAUUUUUGGAAUUGUUUCCUUCAAAAGUUACCUAAUGAAUUCUGAAUUUAGUCAACAAGGCAAAGUAUUUCCUUUUGCCUUAGCUACACAGGUAUAUGGCCCUGUAGCUUAGCAAGCAGUAAGGACCAGACAGAUGAUUCCAAUUUUUUAAUCUCCCAUUUCAGAUCAUGAGAACAGAUCCAUAGAUGUUCAAAUGUAUGUAGAGCUGAAAUUCACUGGGAAUUGGGUGACAUCAGAAAUAAGCUUUUGUGCUUCCUGAAUGGUUUUUUUUUUUCAGGCCUCUGUCAUAUUUCAAGAGUAAGUGUUUUUUAAAAAAUUUCUUGGCUAGCUAAUAUAUGUACAUAAAAUGUAUAUUAAUAUCCCCUUCCCAUUAGGGGUCAGUGAAGGGCACAUACCUCAGCUUUUGCCUUGUCAACCUUCACACAAUAUAUGAUUCAGAAAAUGGUCCUUAUAUAUCAAAUUGAUUUGAAUUAUACAACUUGCUUAUCAGAAGAAUUCUUCUGUCCUAAUUUCUUAUGUAGACCUAAAUUUUAUUUUCUUUUGAAAGUGAGGAUAAAUGAUUACCAUACUGGAGGCUUCUCUGGUGCAUUCUAAGUUUGGGGCCGAGGAGAGUCAGUUUGUUUAGAGAAGUCAUUUGCCUUUUGAGCAGCACCAUGGCAUGAGAGGCUGGGAAUGGAGAUGGGUGAACACAUUCAUUGUUUAGAAAAUUUAGUUAAACCUCUGUGCCAAGUAUUGUGGGAGGUGGUAAGGCUAGACCAAUCAAGAGGGAUCCUUGGCCUCGGGGUGCUUAUAGACCAUAGAACUUGCCAAUGGACCUCAAUGAUUGAUUGCUUUAUCUGUAAAAUGGAGAAGAGGGGAAAGGAAGGGAGGGUUUGAACUAGACUUCCAAGGCCUUGUCUAGCUCUACCAUUUGAUGAUCUUCCACAGUUUCUAGUUUCGUAUACCAGUGGGGUUUUAAUACGAAGAAAGGCCUUUACAGUUAAGUAUGAGUAACCUGCAGAGAGAAUAAUUCCUGAUCAAAAGAACUUGAAAUAUUUUCAUUUUGGGGCUUUUUAAAUAAAGAAUUUAAUUUUGGGGAAAGUACAGUGAAAACAGUAGCAGAGAUAAAGUAUUUUAAGUUUAAUUCCCAAGGUGGGGGGAUGGUUUAGAGAGGGGGGUGGGUUUCCAGUCUUUCCAGUGGUAAGUAGUGAGUCUACUUACAUUUACAACAAUGCAGUGCCAGAUAAUCGAGCAUUUGUCUCUGCUAAAUAAAUGGUUUAAACUUUGUUUCAAA